AUGCAAUGCCCUGAUAGCCACCCUGUGCUGAUGUCCGAUGUAUUAGGAUCAUGUCUACCCGACGAGCUCCUCCAUGCUAUCCUGAUACGACUUGACGACCACAGAUUUAGCUGGGAAAGACCACCCAAGCGCGGCCUCGCCCCAUGCAGCCUGACCUGCCGCCAUUGGGCCAAGCUCAUUAGGCCCAUCCUCUUCGAAUACCUCACUAUCAGGAGCGCAGAAGACGUGUCGCAAUUGCUGGCCUUGCUCGGCGUUCCUGACUUCUUAGGCCGCACCCUCCAAAGCUGCAUUCGCUGUCUGGACCUUGUCGAAGAUCGGACAUCUUCCAGCAUUCCAUGGGGCCACCGAUGUUUUCUGUGGUGGUUUCGCCAGACUCUUUCCGUCGACGUUACUUGGACCAUAAGGGGCGCUUCAGCGGACGACCAGCUUCAGCAGACGCAGAGGCUAUCGUUGCUUCCGUCCGCCCUGCUUCCCAGGGCGCUGCCUACGUCUACGGUACUUCUGCACCGAGUCACCUUGUCCAAUUUACAAGUCCCAUCUGUUCGUAGUCUGACGAAUUUCAUCAAACGCCUCUCGUUCCGGGAACUCACGCUUGACAACGUUGGUUUUCCGGAGGAGAACCCCGGGCACCUGCCGCGUCGCCGUCCACGAUCUUCGCGAAUCUCGCAAGACAGCCGUAGUCUUUCCGUUCUAAAUUGCAUCGGGAAAUCAUCGAGCCUUCCGUUCUGGAUCACAUUUUGCAACACCCUCCUCGCCGAUCAGUUUUGCCCACGAUUAGACGACGACACCGAGGCAUCGUUGGCGAAGCACUUCCGUCUUUUUGCGUCGCUUCAUCAAUGCGAGGAUGACAUCUCAAAGUUAGAGGUUAGCUAUAAUUCCGAGUUCCCAGACGGCGAAAGCUGCUACGUAUACUCCCUAUACAGGGCUGGGACAGAGGACGAGUUCGCCGAAGCACGCAUUGAAAAAAGGGCCGGUGACGGCGUUCGUCCGUAUAUCGAGCAUGUCAUGUUCGCAUGCUCAGAUGCGGGCGGCGUGGGCAUGCCUUCCGAACUGCUCUCGCAGCUAGAGGCCGCGUUCACCGACAUCAACGGCCCCGACAUCCCUAGACUAUGGAUUAAGUGCGAGACCACGAACAUCGUCAGGGUCCUGAUACACGGCAUCCUGGAAGGGUGCGUCUUAUCGCAGCUUUGUGCGACGCACCCGAGAAAAGUCUCCGUUGACGCCCCCGAGACUGGUGCCUUUGCUGCCGAGGAAAUCCUCUCCGCGCCGACAUGUGUCAGCGUGGGCGAUGAGACUAUCUCGCUCACCGCUGCUCAGCGCGCGGAAUGGGUGCUGCUCCUCUGGGACAGUCAGAGGGACGGCUACCUGCGGGAGCUGUGGGACGCUGCACACACGACUAGGGCAGCAACAAACACGAAUUCUGAGAAGCAACGCACAGCCGGCAGAACCAUCUCAUGAGGCUGAAUAGGAGCGGAUUGACGAAGAAUCAGGUAACAAUUCCGACUAAGUGCGGUUUCUAGAGCUGGGACCCUCCCGAUGCGUCGUUGAAAAGGACACGGACAGGGAGGCACACGGAUGGCUGGAUUGGGUUAUCGAACGAGAGGUGGAGGUGGUCGACGUCACAGGACGAGUGCGAUGAAAGGCAGGCGGUGGUGCAUGAGCUGGUUCGUGUUCCUGAAUAACCAGUGGUAGACGCUGUCUCUGCUUUGGUCCGCCUUUGGACAAUUUCGGCGAAUUGCGCGUCGAUCUCCGAGUACUCUGCCAAUGUUUCUUUUGUUUUCACUUCCCUAGUGGCCAAGUUUAAGAGUACUAUGCUUUUUCUUAAAUCUACUUGUAGCUGCCUCUUGUUAUUAAGCUUAGCCCCACGCGCGUCUCG